AUUUCACCCCUAACAGCAAAAAGAACUGUGCUUAAAAAAAUGAAAAAAAACAAGAAAUCAAGCUAACCCACCCCAAAGCUGACAUGUGGACCAACUUACAGUAAACCUCGCGUGUUAGCGAAGUCACUGUGUCAGAGGACCCGCUUCCCAAACUUCUGAACUUCUCAACAAGGACCAGCCUUCUGAACUUCUCUCUCCCCACCAAAAUCUCCUCGCCCUCGCCGCGCGUCGCAGUCGCGCCGCGGCACUGCCCGCCGCCGCAUCGCUCGCCAUGGAGGUAGCCGGUGCUGGUGCCGGGGACCGCGGGGCCGGCGGAGGCGGAGGAGGAGGCGGACCGGCGCCGUUCCUGCUGAAGACGUACGAGAUGGUGGACGACCCGUCAACGGACGCGGUGGUGUCGUGGAGCGACGCCUCCGACGCGAGCUUCGUGGUCUGGAACUCGCCCGAGUUCGCGGCGCGGCUUCUGCCCACCUACUUCAAGCACAGCAACUUCUCCAGCUUCAUCCGGCAGCUCAACACCUACGUGCGUAACACCCCCCCCCCCCGGUUUCCCCCUCCCUGCCUUGUCUUGAAUCUUCUUGAUGCGCGCCCGAGUGGUCUUGUUCUUGCCCCCAAGGGAUACUGCUUUUGUUGCUGUGGUAAUUUGGUGCGUUGUUGUGGCUGGAGUGGUGAGGAUUUGGGCAUCAGGGUUGCGCAGACGCGGGGAAUUGUGAUCUGGAGGAGCAUGGAGGCGCGAAGGGGAAGACAAGGACCUCUGGAGAAGGAUGGGCUGGUGGCGCAGAGGAAGUCUACCUGCUCGGCGAAGCCCAACCCGAAAUACAUUGUUGGAGAAUGGGCUGUGUAACUUCGGGCCUCACGGGAGUGAACGCUGGUGUUUCAAGUACUUGUGUGCGUGUCUGGAGAAAGCUAUGUUAACUGUGAAGACUUGAGAAGAAAGAACUCUCCCCUCCUCUCGUUGCUAUUCUUGCCUUUCUUCUUCUCUGAUCUCCCAAUCCUUUCUUUGAUCUUAUAACGACACUGGUAGUGUCAGAGCCACCGACUUAGAUCGUAACAACACUGGUAUCAGAGCCGCCGACCUGGAUCGGUCAGAGUACCUCUAGAAGCAUCAGUACCACACACGAGAGCAGCACCGAGCGAUGGACAUGGAGAAGCAAAUGGCGGAACUCACCAAGGCGAUGGCCGGGAUCCAGGAAUCGAAUUAGGCGAUCAUAGAGAAGUUGGCGGAGUUGACGUAGUGGAAGCCGAAGGCAGAAGCGGUGAUGGAAGAAGUACGUGAGGAAUUGGGUGACCUGUGUCAGGAAGUGGUGCUGAUUGCGAAUGCUGUCCGUCAAGCCUAGAGAUCUGCCUCCACUGUUUCCCAAGCCGCCAUUGUCUACCCCGCCACCGAUCCCGCUGUCAACCACGAGAUGGAAGAUUGAAGGCCACCGCGAGCACCAUGGGAACCGAGGGUUGGCUGUUUGGGGAUCGUACCCAAUACCACCUCCGGAGAAGGGUACAUGUUCCUCUCCGAGAUCCUGCAGUGCUACUGAGUUCACGGGGGAUGCUUCUCAUCGCAAUUAGGGAGGAGUUCAUGCAGCACCUUGGUUGGAUUUCCUGCAAUUUGAUGGGGAAAAUGCUUGGGCCUGGAAGCUAAAAAGUGAAGCGUAUUUCAAAGUUUUUGGGGUACAUAAUGAGUUGUGGGUUAGCAUAGCGAUGAUGCAUUUCACUGGGGAUGCUGCCCUUUGGUUGCAAUCCAAUCCUUCCGUGUCACAAUCACUGGGAAGGGUUCUCGAACAUGAUCUGUGAGAAAUUUGGUGUGAGUUUCACAACUUGGUUCGUCAGUUCACCCAUCUUAGGCAGUCUGGGACUGUCGCAAAAUAUGCUGAAAAAUUUAAUAAUCUCAUGCAUAGUCUCAUAUCACAUCACUCGUCUUGGGAGCCCCAAUUCUUUAUGACUUAGUUCUUAGAUGGACUUAGAGAUGAAAUCAGAGCUCCUGUUAUUUUGCAUCGUUCGUCAGAUCGAUACUGCAGUGUCUCUGUCUUGCUUGCAGGAGGAGGUGAUCAAGACUCCCUAGUACCGGAACCACAGAGGAUGGAGUAGGUUGCCGAACGGAUGCAAAUAUGUACCGGGCUGCCACUACCUCCAUCGCAUUCGGAGGCCUGCCGUGGAGUGGAUGGAGCACGCACCCAAACAUGGAAGAGCAUCUGAUCGCCUUGCGCGCUCAGCAUCGAGUACAAGGGCUGUGCAUGAAAUGUGGGGAAAGGUGGUCUCGCGAACACUGAUGCGCCCCAAUAGUCCAAUUGCAUGUGGUGGAAGAACUGCUGAGUUACCAUGGUGAAUUAGAUCAUCCCCAACCGAUUUCCGUCAGGGCUUAAAAUUCUUUCACGAAGGGAUUUUUGUUCCCUUCAGCGCUCCAAUGGUUUUCCUUUAUAGUUCCCGUCACAAAGGAUUCACAAGGUCAUUCUUUUCAGGACGGAAUUCUCUCUCUUUUUUCUUUACGAAUCGAAGAGAAGCUGUUGGAGAUGAGAGAAAAUAAAGGGAAUGGGAACGGAGAGGGGGAUCGGGAAGGGAACGAAAUGCAGGGAAUAUAGUUGGGGAUGGUCUUAGAGAGCUCAACAGACAUGCCAGAUGAUGAAUAGUGCACUGACGGAGCUAUAGAUUUGUUGUCCAUUUUAGUAGCUGCGGUGAAUGGAGUUGAAGGGCCUCGAACUAUGAAAUUGAAAGGACAAAUCCACAAGAGGGAGGUGUUGAUGUUGAUCAAUUCCGGGAGCUCACACAAUUUUGUCAGUCGGAGGUUGUCACAGCAGUUAUCUAGUACCUGUAGGGCACUCACUCCACUCACAGUAAAGAUUGCUGAUGGUGGCGAGCUCUGAUGCGACCAGGUGCUCAAUAAUUACGAGUGAUGGGUGCAAGGUGUGUCAUUCUACUCAACUUCGCGGGUUUUACCUCUCGGUUGCUAUGACAUGAUUCUUGGAAUGGAGUGGUUGGAGAUUCACAAUCCUAUGACUGUACAUUGGAGGGAGAAGUUGCUAUCCUUUGACUAUUUGGGUCGACAUGUGACAUUGCACGGAGUUCAGGAAGCGACACACACCUGCCAUAUGGUCUCAUUGUCUCAACAAUGGAGUUACAUGGUUUGAUCAGGUUCAAGCAAUCUCAUAUGAUUCAGCUAUGCAGUUUGGAGCUAAAGGAUACUGAAUAAGUGUCGCCUGAACUGAGUGUAUUGUUGUCUGAAUUUGCUGAUCUCUUCGUUGAACCAAAGGGGUUGCCUCCUCAGAGACUCUAUGACCACACCAUACAACUCUUGCCAGGAGCACAACCAGUCAAUCUAUGGCCAUAUUGCUACAACCCCGCGCAGAAAGACGAGAUAGAACGCCAAGUGACCGAGAUGUUCGAUCAAUGCAUCAUUCAGUUCAGCAGUAACCCCUUCGCAUUUCCUGUGCUAUUAGUGCAAAAGGAUGGGACAUGGCGUUUCUGUGUUAAUUACCAUCGCCUUAAUGGGGUCACGGUGAAGAACCGCUAUCCCUUGCCCAUCAUCGAUGAAUUGCUCGAUGAGCUUGCUGGAGCCUAUGUAUUCUCAAGCUUAGACAUGAGAGCCGGCUACCAUCAAAACUGGAUGGAUCCUGUAGAUGAGCCAAAUACCGCAUUCAAGACACAUCACGGGCACUAUGAAUUUAGAGUGAUGGGUUACAGAUUUACUGGGGUGCCUGCAACUUUUCAAAGUGUGAUGAAUCAAAUUCUUGAGCCAUUGCUUCGAAAGGGGUAUUGGUGUUCAUAGAUGACAUUUUGAUAUACAGUUGCACAAUGGAACAUCAUGUAUCCUUGCAGAGACAGGUGUUUCAGAUAUUGGCACAGCACAAACUGAUUAAAAGGUCUAAGUGUGCCUUUGGUCGUGUAAAACUGACUUAUUUAGGCCAUGUUAUCAGUGCUCAAGGGGUGGGCACCAAUGGGAAGAAUAUUCAGUCUAUGCUUAAAUCACAUAUUCCCAGCAAUGUGGAGGUACGUGGUUUUUUGGGAUGGCAGGUUAUUACCAUAAGUUCGUGCGAAAUUUUGGUAUUCUUUGCUAGCCCUUGAUUGAAUUACUGCGAAAGCAUUCACUGUUUGUCUGGACAUCAGCACAUGAGGAAGCCUUUCAGGAAGUUAAGCAGGCUUUAGUCACAACACCCAUUCUAGCCUUGCCCAAUUUCAACAAGCAGUUCGUCAUUGAAACUGAUGCUUCGAAGAAGGGAAUUGGUGUGGUUCUUAUGCAGUCACCCACUGGCUUUUCUUAGCAAAGUGUUGGGCCCUCACAACCAGCAACUAUCCACAAACGAAAAGGAGAGUUUGGCCAUACUGUUCGCAGUGGAGGCUUGGCGACAAUACUUGCAGAAUGGCAAGUUCCUGAUACACACGAAUCGGCGUAGUUUAGUGCAUUUGGAGGAUCAGAGGCUUGCUACACCGUGGCAAUAGAAAGUCAUGGUCAAAUUGUUGGGUUUGUAGUACUGGCUGAGCUAUAAAUGGGGAUCUGACAAUAGAACGGCUGAUGCACUGUCUCGAUAUCUAGGUGUUUCAGAUGCUGAGCUUCAUGCCUUCUCCACUGGAAUCCCUGCUUGGUUGGAAGAUAUAGCAAAGGGGUAUGAAUCUGAUCCAACCACUCAGAGUCAACUGUACAAAUUAAGUGUCUCUAAGGAAUCAGUGGGACAUUAUCAGCUUCAGGAUGGUUUGAUUCGUUUCAAGGGUCAUAUUUGGGUGGGCAAUAACAAAUCAGUGCAGACUCAACUGAUGACCGCACUACACUCAAGCCCAGUUGGUGGACAUUCUGGAAUUCAAGUUACAUACAUGAGGAUCAGACGUCUGUUUGCUUGGCCCGGAUUGAAACAAGAUGUCAAGGACUGUGUGGCAGCCUAUCAUGUCUGCAACCAAGCAAAGGCAGAACAUGUCAGUUAUCCCGGAUUGCUUUAACCCCUUCCGGUGCCCGAGACUGCUUGGCUGGUGGUUUCACUGGACUUUAUUGAAGGAUUGUCGAGAUCAUCGGGUGUGGAUUGCAUCUUGAUGGUGGUGGACAAGUUGACAAGAUAUGCCCAUUUUAUGGCCCUGGCACACCCCUUCACAGCCUUUCAAGUGGCACUGCUGUUCAUCAACAACAUUUAUAAACUCCAUGGUAUGCCUCAAGCUUUCAUAUCUGAUAGAGACCGCAUCUUCACCAGUACUUUGUGGAGAGAAUUGUUCAAGCUAGCCAAGACUAAGUUGUGGAGGGAUCCUUCCAGGGAGCACAUGAAAGACAACAACAGGCAGGCGUACCAGGACACACGGAACGACAGGAUAGAUACACAACAGUUGAAACUCUGACAUUAGCAAAAUAGUAGAAUUGCCAUUUCUCAAAGCGAUACAGACGUACAUUGUAAGAUGUUAGAACAUGGAUGGUGUAUGAUUAUAAACAACAUCACGGGGGUGUACAUAUUUUCCCAGAAUAUAUCUGAGAUUUAGAGCAGUAGUGGUUAGAUUACAAACCUGAUUUGUGCAUUAUGUUCAGAUGUGUUAUCUUCUGAUUUACAUGGUGGCUUGACAUUGGACCGUCGUACAUUGAGUAUUUUAAACGCAGUGCGUUGAUGAAAUCGGAUGCUAAUAGAUAAAUUCUUUUGAUCCGCAAAAAAGAAAGAGAGAAAUUCUUUUGAUAAGGGGAUUUUAUUUUAUGCUAACAAUUGUUAUGUAUGGUAAUACAUAUAGCAGGAGAAGAGGCAAA